CAUAAUUCACAGAGACGAACAAAAAGCUCCUGAUAGCUUCUUAAAACCAUUAAGUCAUAAAUAACUCCGCAAUAAUUAUCUUGAGACCUUUUUGAAACAUAUUUGUUAUACUCCUGCGCUUUUCUAUUUCACUGUCUCACAUACUCGUAAAUGUAUUAUUGAGCUGUUAUAAGGAUGUGUUCUCAUAGAGACCCACGAGGAGCAUGUCACUGAUCCUGUUUGCCUUUGUGGUCCGGGUCAGGGAUGGACUCCCUCUCUCGGCCUCCACUGAUUUCCUGCAUAACAAGGAACUUCAGGAGAGAAAGCAACAGCUAAAAGUGAUCUCAAAAUCCCUGAGUUCAUUACCAGAGAGAGGGACAGUCAAGGGCCAUGAGCUCAACAUUCACUUCCUCUCAUCCGAGGGUGUGUCCUACAUGACCGUAUGUGCAUGCAGUCUCCCUGCUGCCACGGCCUUCUGCUUCUUGGAAGACUUGCGCUGGGAAUUCACAGCAUGCUUUGACAACUCUGCAGUGGCCCUGGCAAGCAGGCCGUACCCAUUUCUGGAGUUUGAUGGUGCCAUUCAAAAACUUCAGCAGCAUUAUAACAAGAAAGGGGGUCCAUCUCUGGAGGUCACCCUGGCCGAGGUUCAGGAAGACCUCAGGACCAGCCCCCCUCAGGUUCUCACCAUGGAGGAUGUGGCGCUCAACAACGGAGCAGCCAAUGGGCAUGUAGAACAAACAGCUGCAUCAGGUCAAAGUCAGAGAUUGGAACCAGUCUCAGCACCAGGGAUCCUUUCUCUGAUUCUUAACAUCAUGUGUGCUGCCCUCAACCUUAUACGCGGUGUCCAUCUUAUUGAAAACACCUUCCAGGAUGAUUAUGAUGGUUUGUGGAGUGUGGUGGCGUUUCUUUUUGCAUUUCUCUGCUGUGUUUGCCAGUGUCAUCUGUACUUGUUCCACACCUGCCAGAAGAAGCUGAAAUCCUUUACUCUCCUGACUAUCAUCAUUUUAUGCAAUGCUUUUCUCUUUGGUCUGAGGAACAUCUGGCAGCUGGCCUUCCACAUGUCCGUGGCCUGCCUCUCCACGCUGCUCACCCUCCAACGCAAACUGCUGGACAGACACAUGGACUGUGGAGUAUGAGGACUUCAUCUGGAUGUGGACAACAGUAGGGUGAGAGACCAAAAAAUGGACGAGACUCCGUGUGAUGUAACGGCUCACGAAAAGUCAGAAUGGUUUUUGCUUUAGCUUUUGCUUUGAUCUAAUGUUAUGAUCAAGUGAUUGUCUUGACAUGGAUAGUGAGUGCAAUGGUUUUUCUACAGGGGUCUUCAAUUCCAUUGAUGCAUAUCAGAAAUACAUUUUUUAAUGACAAAUUGUGAAUGUAAUAUGGAUGAAUUGAACCAAUUUUGUUGGUUUAAAAGUUAAUAACACUGGGUUUAAGUUCAUUUUAUUUUAUUUAUUUGCUGCAAAAUUUGUAGUUAAAGCUAAUUUAAAAUGGUAAUCUUUGUUUACUUUUCUGUAUGAAGGUUUUUGUUGUGUCGUUUAAUUGUUAUAAAGCUAUAAAUGGACAUAAAUUGCAUAUAACUGACUGAAAGUGGGUAGAAUGGUAUUAACUUUGGGUGAUUGAUGGUCAUGUUUAAAUAUCAGGCAUUUUAGAUUAUGAAGGAUAUUUAUUCAGUAACUAUUUCAGUUCUUUUCAACUUGAUCUUUUGGUUUUAUUUUGGGCAGUGUCGGUUAGUAAGUAAUGGUCUACUCCACAACACCUUUUUUUUUUUUUUUUUUUUUUUUUUUUUUU